AUGCUCAGGGGUCCAAAGCCUCCCAUUGCCCCCAAACCCAGGCUGGGUGCCCCCCAUGAGUGGCGAUCAAGUGUGUACAUGAACAACAACUUAAACAAGUGCAGCAAUGGGAGGCUGCUCUGUGGAGACAGGGAUCUUUACAAAGGGCACAGGUCCAACCUGGAGUGCUCUGAGCCAGAGGCAGAUGAGGACUACAUCGUGGCCCCCUGUGUGCUGCCGAGAGAGGAUGAGCCUGGGGAUGGGGGUUGUGCAGAGAAUGAAAUGUUGACGCCUAUGGACCAUCCUGUGGAAGAGGAGCAUGACGAGGAGGGAGGUGAGGCAUGUGAUGUGGAGUCAUGUGAUGUGGAGGAGACGGAAGCUGCAGAGGACAUGGCUGCCCUGAGUGGAGGGAAUGAUGGAGGGAUGGACCAGCCUCCUGAUGAUGCAGCUGAGGAUGAGGACUGUGAGGAAGGAGGGGAACAUACUGCCGCACAAAGGGAGGAAGUGGAGCAGGCAGAAGAACACAGUACAUGUGACCCAGAGGACAGGGAACCUUGGGAUGGAGAGGAGGCCUGCCCAAGAGACAGUGUCCUGACCCCCGUCCAACUAGAGGAUCCAGCAGCCCCUGAGGAGACAGCCACAUCCCUUGAAGUCCCCAAGGAAGUGGAAGAAGAGGACAGUGAGAAUGGCUGUAUCACAGCAGAACCAGGCACCCUAGAUGAGCAAGUGGACUCCAGCAGUCCUGCUGAGGUGGACACUGAAGAUGUCCUUAAGGACCCACCUUCGAAUGCUGAGCCAGCGCAGGAGGAAUUGGCCUCAGGUCUCCAAGAAGCAGACAUGGCUGGAGAAAACCAGGAUGUCUCUGAGGAGACAUGUGGAGAUGCCACAGAGUGUGAUGUUCAGGCCGAUGAUGCUCAUCCUGACCUAGAUGAGAACACUGGCGAGGAGGAAGAUGUGGCCGUUCAGGAGAUACACACAGAUCCUCAAAUAAGUGAGGGCCCCAUGGAGGACGAUCCUGCAGAAGAGAGCUGCCAGAUUAUUCCUUUUGAGAAUGAUUCUGUUGACAACUUUGUGCCGUCCUUGACAGGAAGUCCUUAUGAGUUCUUUCCAACAGAGAGCACAUCUUUCUGUAGUGAAAGCUACCCACCUACUUCCAGGUCAGCAGAACGUUUAGAGUCAGAGGAAGACCCUGAGGCUAGGACUGUGUGCAGCCAGCAAGACCCCUCAGAGGGGGCUAUCUGUAAAGAGCCCUCUGUUCCUGAGGUGGUGGUCCUGCCAGAGGAUGAUGCAGGCCAGGGUGCCAUGGAUGACUCGCUCACCAGCCCCUAUGUGAUGGGCAUCAGCCUUGCAUGCCAGGCUGGCUGGAGUGAGGCGCAGGCUGGACCUGAUUCUCCAGAAGAAAGCUCUGAUGUGGACGCCAGCCUGCUUCCCACUGACAGGAAGAACCUUGCUGCAAGAGCCCGGCCUCACUCUGGCAAGGUAGCUGGCUAUGUCCCAGAAACGGUCCCCGAAGAAACCGGAGCAGAAUCCAGCUCCACAGCCUCUGGGAGUGGAAGCACCAUCGCAGAGGCCAGAAAAAUGGGCUUAUCACUUGAGGGAAAGCCUCCAGAAGCUUCUGGGAGGGCCUUGCCAGCCAAACCCAGGGCCUUCACUCUGUAUCCGAGGUCAUUCUCUGUGGAAGGCCGAGAGAUUCCAUUUUCCCUGUUCCAUGAGCCAGAAGGAACUGGGUUAGAUGAGCAUCGAAUCAAAGGGAAGGAGGACAACCUUUCUCUGCCUUGUGUGAUUGGCUCUUCUGGAAGCUUCUCCCAAAGAAACCACCUCUCCUCCAGUGGCACAUCCACCCCGUCAUCCGUGGUGGACAUCCCACCUCCUUUUGACCUGGCCUGCAUCACCAAGAAGCCUGUUACUAAGAGCUCACCUUCACUUCUGGUGGAGAGUGACUCCCUGGAUAAGUACCCCAAGAAGAAGAAGUCAUCCUUUAAGCAGUUCCUGGCACUGACAUUCAAGAAGAAGACAGAGAGUAAAGUGCAUGUGGAGGUGAAUGUGUCCUCCUCCCGGUCCUCCUCAGAGUCCAGCUACCACGGGCCUGCCCGACUCCUGGAGAUGGACCGCAGGAGCCUUAGUAACUCACCGCAGCUCAAGUCUCGGACCGGGAAGCUCCGGGCUUCUGAGUCUCCCUCCUCCCUCAUCUUCUAUAGAGAUGCCAAGAAGAGAGGCGUCCCCUUCAGCAGGACGGUGUCCAGAGUGGAGUCCUUCGAAGACCGCUCCCGGCCUCCCUUCCUGCCAUUGCCACUGACCAAACCACGGUCCAUCUCGUUCCCCAAUGCAGACACGUCAGACUAUGAGAACAUUCCAGCUAUGAAUGCAGACUAUGAGAAUAUCCAGAUUCUGCCCCGGAGGCCUGCAAGGGCUGGGACUUUCACAAAGCUCUUUGAAGAUCAGAGCAGAGCCCUGUCCACGGCGAAUGAAAACGAUGGCUAUGUGGACAUGAGCAGCUUCAAUGCCUUUGAGAGCAAGCAGCCAAGUGUGGACCAGGACGCGGAAAGCGCCUACACAGAGCCCUACAAGGUCUGCCCCAUCUCCACAGUAGCCCCUAAAGAGGACAUCACGUCGGAUGAAGAGCAGGGGAGCUCAGAGGAGGAGGAGAGUGCUCUAAGAGACCCCAGCCUCACCAACAAGGUGGAAGGACAGUCCAGAGCCCAUGUCAUCGUGCAGGAACUACUAUCUUCAGAGAAAGUAUACUUGGAGAUGCUCCAGCACUUACAUCGGGAUUUCCACGGAGCUGUCAUGAGAACCUUGGAUGAGAUGGACCAAGAAGGCAAGGACACGCUGUCCAGGGAGGCACUGCGGCUUGGUCUGAGCCACCUUCCGGCCAUCCAUGACCUGCACCAGGGGAUUCUGGAGGAGCUGGAGGAGAGGCUGGCACAGUGGGAGGGCCAGCAGAAGGUGGCUGACGUCUUCCUGGCUCGAGAGCUGGAGUUUGACCACCAUGCCGCUCACAUCUUACAGUUCGACAGGUACCUGGGUCUGCUUGCUGAGAACUGCCUCCACGCUCCGCGGCUGGCAGCUGCUGUCCGCGAGUAUGAGCAGAAUUCACAAGGAGGUGGCCAGAGUGUGAAGCAUCGAAUGCUGAGGGUGGUCCAGCGCCUUUUCCAGUAUCAAGUGCUCCUCACAGACUAUUUAAAUAACCUUUGCCCGGACUCGGCAGAGUACGAGAACACUCAGGGCGCACUGACCCUCAUCUCCAAAGUCACAGACCGUGUCAAUGACAGCAUGGAGCAAGGGGAAAAUCUGCAGAAGCUGGUCCACAUCGAGCACAGCGUCCAGGGCCAAGGGGAUCUCCUCCAGCCAGGAAGGGAGUUUCUGAAGGAAGGGACGCUGAUGAAAGUCACAAGAAAAAACAGACGCCCCCGGCACCUGUUUUUGAUGAGUGAUGUGCUUCUCUACACCUACCCCCAGAAGGAUGGCAAGUACCGGCUGAAGAGCACGUUGGCCGUGACCAGCAUGAAGGUCAGCCGCCCUGUGAUGGAAAAAGUGCCCUACGCUCUAAGGAUCGAGACUUCUGAGUCCUGCCUGACGUUAUCUGCAAGCUCCUGUGCAGAGAGGGAUGAGUGGUACAGCUGCCUCAACAGAGCCCUUCCUGAGGACUACAAGGCGCAGGCCCUGGCUGCAUUCCACCACAGUAUGGAGAUGCGGGAGCGACUGGGGGUGAACCUAGGGGAGCGGCCCCCCACCCUGGUGCCUGUCACACACGUCAUGAUGUGUAUGAACUGUGGCUGUGACUUCUCCCUCACUCUGAGGCGCCAUCACUGCCACGCCUGCGGCAAGAUUGUGUGCCGCAACUGUUCACGAAAUAAGUACCCUCUCAAGUACCUCAAAGACCGCAUGGCCAAGGUCUGUGAUGGCUGCUACGGGAAGCUGAAGAAGAGGGGCGGGGACAUCCCAGGCCUGAUGAAAGAGCGGCCUGUGAGCAUGAGCUUCCCUCUGUCCUCACCCCGAUUCUCAAGCAGUGCCUUCUCAUCCGUCUUCCAUAGCAUCAACUCCUCAACUUUCAAGAAACCGAAGAAGGUCCCUUCUGCGCUAGCCGAGGUGGCUGCUUCUGGAGAGGGCUGUGCCAUCAGCGGCUAUCUCAGCAGAUAUAAGAAGGGCAAGAGACACUGGAAGAAGCUCUGGUUUGUCAUCAAAGGCAAAGUUCUCUAUACCUACAUGGCCAGCGAGGACAAAGUGGCCAUGGAGAGUAUGCCUCUGCUGGGUUUCACCAUUGCUCCAGAGAAGGAAGAGGGCAGCAGUGAAGUAGGACCAAUUUUUCACCUUUACCACAAGAAAACUCUAUUUUAUAGCUUCAAAGCAGAAGAUACCAGUUCAGCUCGGAGAUGGAUUGAGGCCAUGGAAGAUGCCAGUGUGUUAUAG